AUGUUGUCGACUCAAGAUCUCAGUCUGUCUUUAAUCGUUCUCCUGGCCAUUUCUUCGGUUGGCCAAGCUGCUCCUCCAACGGGGAGGGUUGUUAACGGAUCGGAUUCCAGUGUGCAGAAGUAUCCCUUUGUGGUUUCUCUGCGGAGUUGGGAUGGCGCCCACUCCUGUGGUGGCUCCAUUAUUUCCCAGAACUUUGUGAUGACCGCCGCUCAUUGCACCAAUGGCCGUUCUGCAGCGACGCUAUCUAUUCAAUUUGGAGUGACCGAUAUUAAUAUCGCCGGUCCGAAUGUGGUGGGCAUAAAGAAAAUCAUCCAGCACGAGGAUUUCGACCCCAGUCGUCAAAAUGCCAACGAUAUUUCGCUGUUGAUGGUGGAGCAAGCCUUUGUCUUCGAUGGAAUUUCGGUGGCUCCCGUGGAACUUCCAGCCUUGGCCUUUGCCGUUCCCCAAUCUGAUGUUGGAGUUCAGGGAGUGCUAAUCGGCUGGGGUCUAAAUGAUACCUACGGCAGUGUACAGAACACCCUGCAGGAGGUGUCCCUGAAAAUCUACUCCGACGAGGAGUGCACCAUACGCCACAUGGGCCAAACUGAUCCCAGAUAUCAUAUUUGCGGUGGAGUCGACGAGGGUGGAAAGGGUCAGUGCAGCGGAGAUUCCGGUGGACCCCUCAUCUACAACGGACAGCAGGUGGGCAUUGUGUCCUGGAGUGUUAAGCCCUGCACUGUGGCUCCCUAUCCGGGUGUCUACUGUAAGGUCAGCCAGUACAUUGACUGGAUCAAACAGAACCAAAUCAUAUUGGCUUAG